AGGGUGACCCAGCAGCUUCUUGCUCGCCGCAAUUCAGCGCCUUCCUUUACUAUGGCGCUUUCUCCCUGUCCAUCUACUGCAAGCAAUUUGAAAUCCUCUCUGAAAACCCCAUUUCUCCCUUCAAUUCGCCGAUAUACCCACCUCUCCAUGUCGGCACCACGGCGGCGCCCCGCCGUCAUCUCCAGCGCAUCCCUUCUUUCCGUUGAGGCAGGCCAUCGCGAGGACGUCCUCACCGCCGCACGUUCCUUUGUCUCCAAUUGUCUUUCCGAGACUCAUCUCGAGCUUACUGUUCCCGGUCUCAUGGCGAAAGCUCGAGGAAAGGUUAGAGAUAUUUAUGAGGGAAAGGGUUAUAUGGUGCUGGUGACAACCGAUCGGCAGAGCGCAUUUGAUAGGGUUUUGGCUUCCAUUCCGUUUAAGGGGCAGGUUCUAAACAAAACAAGUAUAUGGUGGUUUAACACGACCGAACACAUUGUUCCUAAUGCGGUCGUUUGCUCUCCUCAUGAGAAUGUGACAAUAGCGAAGAAGUGCUCAGUUUUUCCUGUUGAAUUUGUUGUUAGAGGCUUUGUGACUGGCAGCACUGACACAUCACUUUGGACUGUUUACAACAGUGGCAGAAGGAACUAUUGUGGGAAUAUUCUUCCUGAUGGUAUGAAGAAAAAUCAGAAGUUGCCUGCUAAUAUUCUCACACCUACUACCAAAGCAACAAAUCAUGAUGUUCCGGUGUCUCCUGAUGAGAUAGUAGAAAUGGGUUUGAUGACAAAGGACGAUUAUCUCGAAGUUAGCAGCAAAGCUAUGAGCUUAUUUUCAUAUGGACAGCAAGUGGCUCUCAAUCAUGGUCUAAUGUUAGUGGAUACGAAGUAUGAGUUUGGGAAGGACACUGAUGGGAAUAUUUUGUUAAUUGAUGAGGUGCAUACACCUGAUUCUAGCAGAUACUGGAUUGCUAGUUCUUAUCAGGAGCGUUUCAAUGCUUCUCUGGAACCUGAAAAUGUUGAUAAGGAAUUCUUGAGGCUAUGGUUCAAGGAGCAUUGCAAUCCGUAUGAAGAUCAGGUUUUGCCAGAUGCACCAGAAGAUCUUAUUUGUGAACUUGCAUGGCGAUACAUUUUCCUGUACGAGACAAUCACCAACUCCAAGUUUGAAAUCCCAUCAAUGGAGGAAUCGAUCCAUGAAAGCAUUUCCAGGAAGGUCUCCGAGGUCCUCCAAAGCCUGUAGCUGCAAAAAUAUCAUAUUUAUUCAGUCAUACUGUUAAUCUCACAGAGGAUAUACUAAUUGUUCUCAUCAAGGAGUUCUGAAAGCUGAGCUCUUGAAGCUCAGUAAUGGCUUCAUAUGCAGCAGGUAUGGUGUUCAGAGGACAUUUCAGGUUUUUGGCAGUUGUUGUGGAGGAGAGAAAGUGCAUGUGAUUUUGAAGGGGUUGUUUUUAAUUUUAUUAUUUUUAUUUUAUUUUCUUUGUGUGUUGUGAUUUGAAAUAAACAUAUCUGAUACAUUAAAAUAAAUUAUGUUUUAUUUA